CGACGCGAUAUUAUUUACCUUGCAAGGUGAGAACACAUGUACAUCGCAACUCAUUCAGCUGCUACGGACUCGGCCAGAAGACUGCUGACGACAUGUCAACUUUUAAAUUAUCACACGUUUUUCCGCUGCUUAUCCCGUUCUGGUAUUUCCAAAAUGCUGGAUCUUCCAUAAUCGGCUGCCCUGAAGUCACACCGUCUGCAAUUUCAUAUUUGGAUAACGGUGUCACGUGGUGUUAUUGGUUAAAACCCUCAACCCAGGACUCCGUCUACCAGCAGCUCAUGUGUGCUACAAAUGGCGGUACACUGGCAAAUAUACCAUCUGCAUCUCACGAGGCGGCUGUGACAACAGCGUUAGGCUCUACAUGGAGUGCCACAACUGAUGUUUAUAUUGGUGUAAGGGACGUGACCAAUACCGGUAACUUCCAGACGUGGGCUGGGGACACUCUCACGUAUACCAACUGGGGGAGUUCCGAACCACAAUCUUUCCAGUUCUGUGUCUACAUGGACCGAACAACUCACUUGUGGCACACCACGCACUGUAACGUCCAUAUCCUUGCUUUAUGUUACUGUGUUAUAGAUUCGAAUGACCCGUACACUUGUUCCGGAAAUGUUGUGACUGGCACUGGUGGAGUUACUAGUAGUGUCACGACAGUUUCUAGCAAUACAGCAACUGAUCAGACAACGUCUAGUAAUGUUUGUUAUCCCUCGAUUCUCACGAGUUGUCUUUCUUGCUGUUAUGCCCAAGCGACACCGACAACAAGCUCACUUGGAAAAUCGUUUACUGAUAUAGUAGCUGAUUUAAAAAUCGAUACCAAACAGACAAAUAGGUAUCAGCGGAAGUUACAGAGUGUCGCGGAUUAUCGCCCUUUGUCCGUUGGCAUAGGAACUAUAGCUAUUCUUGUUCUUAUAACUGUCGUCGCUGUCAUCGUUACCUGCGAUAUCCCAGUCCUUGGUGCCCAAUUCAACUUGAUCCAAAGAUCGAUGCGCCGCCUAUUUUGUCGAUCACCUAAAUCACGUGUGAGACGACGUUCAAAUCGGGUUCAUUCGGAUCCUUGUGAUCAAACAGUCGCUUCGCAACCUACUACGUCGACGACCAAGAUCACAAGUGAUACCGCAUCCAAGUAAUAAACGCAGAUCCCUUUGAUCAGACGAUCAUUGCGCCACCUACUGCAUUGAAGUCCUAGAUCACGUGUGACAUUCAACUAGCAUACACGCGGGUCCUAUUGGUCAACUGAUUGCUGCGUCGACAACCUUGAAUACGUGAAAUGCGACAACAUAAAAGUAAUUUAAAAGCGGAUCCCUUUGAUCAUCAGAACGAUGUGUCACCCACUGCAUCGUCGACCUAGGUCACGUGUGAGGCGACAUGGUAACAUGUAUACCAAUGGAACAUAGGGUUUUGUACCGAUUCCGUACUCCCAACAACUCCUUCAAACAUAAGGUGCUGGAAUGUGAGGACUAUAUUCGAACUUCGCGUUUUGAGGGGAGAUCUGAAUGUCAAAGUGGGAUGAAAAGGAACACGGAGCAAACCAAUGGAAAGUAACUAACACCAAAAGCUAGUUGCUGAGCUGAUUUAAUUAGGCCCUACAUGUUAUUAACAUAAGACAAAAUAUCUGUGAUAUCAUGAUUUCUGGCAGUUCUAUGUAUAUUUACAACAAAUUGUUUGUUUUUAAGUCGCCAUAUGCAUUGAUUUUUCACUGUAGAAAUCGAUACGCGACCCGCACGUGUCAUUGGCUCGUACAGCUAGAUACAAAUAGAGUAUACUUGAUAUUUUCCAUUUUCUAUAUUUGCUACAAAUGAUGGAAUAUUUGUUUAAAAGAUAAGUAAACAAAUCUGUGUUUGGUUCUAUUUUACACAAAGUGGU